AUGCAAGAAAUACACCCAGUGACAGCGGUUCAUCAAGAGCUGCUGAUCACCUGGCGUCUCCUUCAUGCCAACGCCCGUGAGGGACUUUUGUUACCUGUCGUUGGCAUGCUGGCUCGCUUCAUGCCUACUCCUGGUCUGCUUGACAGCACCUCCUGGCUACAGCUCUCCCUCGUUCUCCUAAAGACCCUCUUCCUCUUCAUCUGCCAUCUCUAUGUCUUCGAAAUUGUCAACCAGGUCACCUCCAUCGAAGAGGACAGAAUCAACAAACCCCGACGUCCCAUUCCCUCCGGUCUGCUCACAGUCGCCGGCGGUCACAAGCGUUGGUCAAUCAGUUGGAUACUCUGUCCGUUUCUGGCAUAUUACCUCGCAGGCUCCCAAGCCUGCGUCCUCUUUAUCUGGUACCAGCUCUGGACGUUCACCUGCUAUGUGUGGCCAAAAUUCAACCACUUUAUGUUCCGCAAUGCCUUCGCCUCUGUGGGGAUUUACAACAUGUUCCGGUUGAUCGACGAGAUCAUCCACAGCGAAGUUUCGUCCUUUCCUCUGCCGCCGGCUGACUUUUACCUCGUCCUAUCAGCCUGGGUCAUGCUCACCAUCCAUAUGCAGGAAUUCCACGAUAGCGAGGGGGACAGGAAGAUGAAUCGCCUGACGUUGCCAGUCAUUGCUGGCCCCGCAUGGGAGGGAGCUCUACGCCGGACGACCGCUUUUUUGGUUAUGGGAACUGGAAUAAUGCCUUUGGUUGUUACUAACAAGCUUUCUUGGAACGGUAGAGACAAUGAGUUUUCGGAUAACCCUUGGAUAUACCACGGCACCGUCAUCACGGCAGCACUGCACGUAAUUUUUGCGACUCUUUCGGGCCUUCGAUGCGCAUUCAGCGGGGGGAAAGCAGCGUAUGACCGCAAGACCUACAAGCGUUUCUACAUGGCUGCGGCAUACACCAUGGUUUGCUACCUAUCCUUUGCCUAUUCGACCGUGUGA